GUUUGCAAUUUUUAUAGCGACCCCUGUGAAACCCUUCCCGGUGGAGCAUUGCCGCCGCUGUGCUAAUUGAAGGAUACCUCUUCCCGUCGCAUCUCUGCAAAACCCUAUUCCUAGCUCCGCCAUAAUGGUCGCCGCCAAGAAAACUAAGAAGACUCACGAGAGCAUCAACAAUAGGCUGGCUCUCGUGAUGAAGAGCGGAAAAUACACCCUUGGCUAUAAGACCGUCCUCAAAUCUCUCCGCAGCUCGAAAGGGAAACUGAUUCUCAUUUCAAACAAUUGUCCGCCGCUGAGGAAAUCUGAGAUUGAGUACUAUGCUAUGCUGUCAAAAGUUGGGGUUCACCACUACAAUGGAAAUAAUGUUGACUUGGGAACUGCGUGUGGCAAAUACUUCCGAGUUUCCUGCCUUAGCAUUGUUGAUCCAGGUGACUCGGACAUCAUCAAAUCGUUGCCAGGCGAUCACUAAAAAGAGAGAGAGAUUUUUUAAUUCUUGUAUCUGCCCCUUUUAGACUUCCUGAAAUCAUUUUCUGCUUCGAGAAGUGAUCUUCAUCAAGUUCUUGAGAUUUUGAUCUUAAUAUCUAUCUGUGCUGUUUCUCUAUUGCCAAACCCAGUUUGGGUUCCUAACUUGGCGGGUGCCUUAAAUUUUACAUUUCCUAGUGCUAUGGGACAUGAUUAAUAACGGUGUUACUUUCUUCUUUCAUUUCCUAGUGCUGUUGGACAUGAUUA